UUCUGUAGGCUCCGCGUGGAGCGUUUCAGCCAGGGCCGACUAGGACAUGGCGACUUUGGAUGGCCCCGCUAAGCCUCUGCUGUCGCUGAACCCGCAGGAACAGGCCAAGUUUCAGAAGCAGGUGGCGCAGGCCCGCCGGCGCGCGGCCCAGCAAGAGAAACUCACACCUGGAGUCGUGUAUGUGGGUCACAUACCGCGAGGCCUUUUCGAACCCCAGCUCAAGGCUUAUUUCUCCCAGUUUGGUACUGUUUCAAGACUCAAAUUGUCCAGAAGUAAAAAGACUGGCAGUAGCAAAGGCUAUGCCUUUGUGGAGUUUGAGUCAGACGAUGUUGCCAAGAUAGUUGCUGAGACAAUGAACAACUACCUUUUUGCUGAAAGACUCUUGAAGUGUGAUUUUAUGCCACCUGAAAAAGUCCAUGAAGAACUUUUCAAAGACUGGAAUAUUCCAUUUUCAAAGCCAUCCCAUCCAGCAGUGAAGCGGUAUAAUAAGAAACGAACACUUCCGGAAAAGCUACGGAUGGAGAAACGAUUUAAAAACAAAGAAAAAUUGCUCAGGAAGAAGUUAGCUAAAAAAGGGAUAGUUUAUAGUUUUCCUCUAUUGGUUUUACCAAAAAAGAAAAACCAAGAUGUUUCAAAGAGUGACCUUCAGGACUCUAUGAAUAGCCAGGGCUCCACUCCAAUUUGUACACCAUCAUAUUUGGAAAGGCGAAAGUCUGAAGUGGCUGAAUUGAAUGACGAUGAAGAUCAUGAAAUCAUUCUCAAACAGCCUGCAGUUGAUGUCAAGGAAGAAAUUCAAGAGACUCAACCACCACCCGCAAAGUCAGGGAAAAAAAGAAGACGAAAAAGCAAAUAGUGACUGAAUGCAUUAUAUAGCUUUUAAAAAAUGGGCAAUUUGGGUAUUAGGUCUGGGUGCAAUAAGAUGCAGAUAUUGGCACAAUUUUUGAAGGACAAGGACCAUCCAAGUAAACAGCAGGUAACUCUGUUCACUUCCCCUUGCUGAAAUACAGGGCUCUGGCCGUGGCCUGCUCAUGCUUCCUCUUCAGCCUGCUCCUUUUGUGUUGUCUUCAUAUUUCAGAGUUGUCUGUAAUUUAUGUUCAAACAGUGACCAGCAAAUAAACUUCCUGCCAUCAGUUUAA